AUGUCUAAAGCUAUUGGAAUUGACUUGGGUACCACAUACUCAUGUGUGGCCCACUACACAAACGACAGAGUGGAAAUCAUUGCCAACGACCAAGGUAACAGAACCACGCCUUCGUACGUCGCCUUUACCGACACAGAAAGAUUGAUUGGUGAUGCGGCGAAAAACCAGGCGGCCAUGAACCCAGCCAACACAGUCUUUGACGCCAAGAGACUUAUAGGGCGCAAGUUUGACGACCCUGAAGUCCAGGAGGACAGGAAGCACUUCCCUUUCAAGGUGAUUGACAAGGGCGGCAAGCCCCAGAUCCAGGUGGAGUUCAAAGGCGAGACCAAGGUGUUUUCGCCCGAGGAAAUCUCGUCCAUGGUGUUGACCAAGAUGAAGGAAACCGCCGAGAACUUUUUGGGCGGCACCAUCAAGGACGCUGUCGUCACGGUGCCUGCGUACUUUAACGACUCGCAAAGACAAGCCACGAAGGACGCAGGUUUGAUUGCCGGCUUGAACGUCUUGAGAAUCAUCAAUGAGCCUACUGCCGCAGCCAUUGCCUACGGUUUGGACAAGAAGGACCAGUCCAGAGGCGAAAAGCACGUUUUGAUUUUCGACUUGGGCGGUGGCACGUUCGAUGUGUCGCUUUUGGCCAUUGACGAAGGUGUUUUCGAGGUGAAGGCCACUGCCGGUGACACUCACUUGGGAGGAGAGGAUUUCGACCACCGGUUGGUCAACCACUUUGUCCAGGAGUUCAAGAGGAAAAACAAGAAGGACUUGUCCACCAACCAGAGAGCGUUGAGAAGAUUGAGAACGUCUUGUGAGAGGGCAAAGAGAACCUUGUCGUCGUCUGCCCAGACCUCGAUUGAAAUCGACUCUUUGUUCGAAGGUAUCGACUUCUACACCUCCAUCACCAGAGCCAGAUUCGAAGAGUUGUGCGCUGACUUGUUCAGAUCAACCUUGGACCCUGUGGAGAAGGUGUUGAAGGACGCCAAGUUGGACAAGUCCCAGGUGGACGAGAUUGUGCUUGUUGGUGGUUCCACCAGAAUCCCAAAGGUGCAGAAGUUGGUUUCGGACUUUUUCAACGGAAAGGAGCCCAACAAGUCCAUCAACCCGGACGAGGCUGUGGCUUACGGUGCUGCUGUGCAAGCCGCCAUUUUGACAGGCGACACCUCUUCCAAGACCCAGGACUUGUUGUUGUUGGAUGUGGCUCCAUUGUCGUUGGGUAUUGAAACCGCGGGCGGAGUCAUGACGAAGUUGAUUGAGAGAAACGCCACGAUUCCAACCAAGAAAUCCGAGACCUUCUCCACGUACCAGGACAACCAGCCCGGUGUGUUGAUCCAGGUGUACGAAGGUGAAAGAGCCAGAACAAAGGACAACAACUUGUUGGGUAAGUUCGAGUUGUCUGGCAUUCCUCCAGCGCCUAGAGGCGUUCCUCAGAUUGAGGUCACUUUCGACAUUGAUGCCAACGGUAUCUUGAACGUUUCGGCCUUGGAGAAGGGCACGGGUAAGUCGCAGAAGAUCACCAUCACCAACGACAAGGGCAGAUUGUCCAAGGAAGACAUUGAGAGAAUGGUGUCUGAAGCCGAGAAGUUCAAGGAAGAGGACGAGAAGGAAGCAGCCAGAAUCCUGUCCAAGAACACCUUGGAGUCGUACGCCUACUCGUUGAAGAACAGCAUCAACGACGGCGAAAUGAAGGACAAGAUCGACGCUGCUGACAGAGAAACCUUGACCAAGGCCAUUGACGAAACCAUCCUGUGGUUGGACAGCUCCAACGCUGCGUCCAAGGAGGAGUACGAUGACAAGCACAAGGAGUUGGAGUCGGUGGCCAACCCAAUCAUGUCCAAGGCUUACUCUGGCGGUGCGGCUGGAGCCGGAGCUGGCGCAGGAGGAUUCCCAGGCGGAGCUCCAGGCGGAUUCCCAGGCGGUGCCCCAGGCGGACAAGACGGCGGCGCAGGCGGCCCUACUGUUGAAGAAGUUGACUAA